UCCUCCUGCCGCGGAUCCAAUAGCACGGAUGAGAGAAGCCAUCUAUCGCCGCCCACAGCAGCCAUGCCUGUCGCCGACCAAGUCACCGAGCAGUUCUUCCGUCAUUCAUCCGGCAAGCGCGUCAAUACCGACGCAACCAUUGCACAGAUCGUUAAGGCCGAGUAUCCUAACCUCCAACUCGUCGUUGUCUCUUCCUCAGGCGUCGACUUGCUCGGCUACGCCGCGGCGGGACAUGCGGUCUUCGUCCCUAUGGACCUCGGAGACAAGGAAGUGCCGUCGUCGCUGAUGUGGAAGACCUACGCGGCCCCGGCCCGGCGCAUCGACGGCAGCCCCGGCAGCCUCCGACAAGAUGUCCUGUUCGCCAAGUUCCUGUACAGGUGGCGGGAUGCCGAGUUUCUCGUCUAUAUCGUUGAUGGACGCGACGGGUCCAGCUACUACCCGGCCGUACGCAACUACUACAUCUUGGCCAAGGACACGGCCAAAGUGGACUCGCUAGUCAUUGCCGCCGGCCAGUGGGGCAGCGAGUUGCGAGAGCAGGUGUGGGUGUGGGAUGGCGGCGCAUGGACUAAGAGUGCCGAGCUCUUCGACAGCAUCCGCCACGCAACGUGGGACGCCGUCAUCCUCGAUGAGGACAUGAAGAAGGCCAUCAUAGCCGACCAUCUGACGUUCUUCGAUUCGCGCGACACCUACAGCCGACUCAAGGUGCCCUGGAAGCGCGGCAUCAUCUACCACGGCCCUCCCGGCAACGGCAAGACCAUCUCCAUCAAGGCCAUGAUGCACACGCUGUAUGAGAGGAAAGAUCCGGUGCCCGCGCUCUACGUCCGGAAUUUCGUUUCAUUCGCCGGCCCCGAAUACAGCAUCCGGCAGAUCUUCUCCAAAGCGCGCCAGGUUGCGCCUUGCUACCUAAUCUUUGAGGAUCUCGACUCGCUCAUCACGGACCACGUCCGAAGCUACUUCCUCAACGAGAUCGACGGGCUGCGAAGUAACGACGGCAUCUUCAUCGUCGGCAGCACAAACCACCUGGACCGUCUCGACCCGGGGAUUUCGAAACGCCCCUCGCGGUUCGACAGGAAGUACUACUUCCCGGACCCCGACCUGGCGCAGCGCGUCGCCUACUGCCGCUUCUGGCAACGCAAGCUGGCGGACAACAAGGACGUCGAGUUCCCCGACAAGCUCUGCCCGGCCAUCGCCGGCAUCACGGACGGCUUCAGCUUCGCCUACAUGCAGGAAGCCUUUGUCGCCGCCUUGCUUGCCAUCGCCCGCGAUGCCCGGGACCCCGCUGGCUCGGGCCCGGUUGCGGAGAAGGAUGAAAUUGAGAGCGGCUGGGUGGCUGUUGCCGGCCAAUGUGGAGCGGAGGACGACGAAGAUCUGGACGACCUGGUGUUGUGGGUGGAAAUCAAGAAGCAGGUUGCCAUUCUGCGGGAAGGGAUGGAGAAGAAGCCCGAUCCCAUGGUGGAGCGAGGGGCCCGUUACUAAGAGGGAGUUUUGUUCUUAUUCGGUCUCUCUUGCUUGUUUUUGACAAAGCAAGGUAUGGCUAUUGAGACGCGACAAAUUCGAUAUAAUUAUG